GUCAUUUUUCGAAUUUUGCUUUCACUCCUCAAAAAUCGCAAAAGCGUAUGCAACGGUAACGGCUAAAAAAAAUUACAUUUAAGAAUAGUAAAGUGCAAUAAUCAAAGAAAAUACCAAUAAGGAGACAAUAACUGUAAAACAUUAAAAAGAAGUUCAAGAAAAAAUGAAAGUGUUUUUGUCAACCGUUUGCCUUUGCGCCAUUCUGAUAUCCUGUUCGGCUAAACCCCAACAUCGCAAUAUUAACAAUUUACCCCAUCCAAAUGCAAAUAAUAUACCCUUGGAUGAAAAACCCGAUCUGCGUCGCGAAACUUCCACCUGGAUACCAAUAUUGAAAUACAACAAGGAACAAAGCGAAGAUGGCAGUUAUAAGACUGAAUAUGAAACCGGUAAUAAUAUCAUACACGAGGAAUCGGGUUUCCUAAAAGAUUUCUCCGAAAAUAAUCCCAAUGGAGUUUUGGUACAACACGGUCAAUAUUCCUACCAAUCGCCCGAGGGUGAGACUAUCAAUGUUCAAUACACAGCUGAUGAGCGUGGUUUCCGUGCCACUGGAGAUCAUAUACCUACACCCCCAGCCAUACCUGAUGAAAUUCAAAAGGGUUUGGAUCAGAUAUAUGCAGGCAUCAAACAACAGCAAGAGCGUUUGGAGCAAAGAGCCAAAAGCGAUCCGGAGUUUGCCAAGCGAUUGGAGAAUAUACGUCAGGCCAAUCAAAAUGGUCAAUAUGUGGGUCCUCUGGAAAAUCCUUAAACUUCCAAACCACCUGUAAUUGUAACAAAUAAUCAUUUACAUAAUUUUUCACGAAAAAAUCAAAUCAAUUUUUGAAAAUUUAUAAAACAAAUUAUUCACUAACCUUUGAAAAGAAAACAAAUCCAACAGCAGCUAAAACCGAAACCGAAAACAAAAACAAAACUUUUUAAUAAAGAACCAAGACUGUGAUCUGUUUUAAGUUCGGUGUUGUAUAUCUACCGGAGUGCAUCAAAUAAUAUUGAUGUUUCCCCACAUUUGUCCUCUUGACUCAAAAACGAGCUCCAAAUCAAUCAUACUCGCACAUACGUGCCCAAUUUUCGUCAUUUUCCAUUGUGUACAUUGUGUGUAUGCAAAUGAAACUGUUCUGCAAUCAAACUCUGUAUUAUUACCACACCACCAUCAACUGUUCAUCCAAUCCAAUCACUGUUUAACCACUUUCAAAUCUAUUUCUUAUCAUGUACAAAGAAAAUCCCAUAACACAAGAA